UAAUUUAACCUCUUUUAUUCAACAGUUUUUCCACUAAAAAUGCAAGGAAUAACCCUCAACUUUUGUGGUUUUAUCACCUAAAUUCUUAUCCACAAAUCCUCAAUUAUUUAUACGGAGAAAAGGGUUUUUCUUCUCGUGUUUUUGGCUGCCAAAAUGGAGGAAAAACAGGAAGGAAAAACUUCCUAAAACAUUUUGGCACGAGUGGCGAACACUUCAAAAACACGACGGUUAUUGACCUGAACGACUGGCAUUGGAAUUAAUCCUUCCUUAUAUAAUUUCUAAGGGACUAUGGAGGCUGAGUUAARAGACUCGUCCAGGAUUACAGAGGAAGCAAUUCUCGAUAGUCUCUUUUACGCCUGUGAUGUUCAAAACUCUGGUUUUGUUCCUGUAUCAAGGUUGAUAGAAUAUCUUCGUUCAGCCAUCGCCGUUGAUUCUCCUGAUAAUAAUAAUCUUGAGUUUGCAGAUAAUCUAGAUGAUCUGUCAUUGAUUCUUGACCCAGACGGUAAAGAUGUUCAUAUUGAUAUUGCAACCUACCAGGCUGGCAUCAAUGAAUGGAUAGAAGACAUCAGAAAACGAAGCUUUGCAAGUACCGAUGAAGACUUUCUUUCAGCGGUAUCAAUCAAUUGCGCAUCUCCUACUUUUGAAGUUGUUCAAGAGCAUGGCCAUCAGCAAGCAACAAGCACACCAAAUUUAAGCUCUGACAGCGUAGAAGGAAUUGGAGGAGAGUCUCCUAACAAGAAUGACUGGGAUAGAACAGCAGAGAUGAUGUCAACUAUUGAAACCUUACAGCUGAACAAUAAAAGACUAUUAGAGCAGCACUCUAUCAUACAAACACAGAUGGAGCAAACAGAGGAAGGAAACUCUCAACUUAAUAAUGAACUACAGACAUUGAAAAAACAACUACAAAGUUUACAAGGAACUGCAGCUAAAUGCAAGGAACUGCAAACAGAAAAUUCAGAACUAAGACAAUCUGUUGCAGAAACAGAAGAAAAAAUGWAUGACCUUAACAAAAACAAUUUAUUUCUGCUCAAAGAAAGGCAAAACUUGGAAGCCUGCAUUGAGCAAUUACAGUCAAAGCUGAUAUCCGUGCAAGUUCAGCUUGAAACCUUGGAGGACGAAAGACGAGCAUUAAACGAAGCAUUAGCAAUACAAAAACAAGUGAACAUGAAACUUGAAGAAUUACAGAAUGACAAAGAAGACAUAGUGCAGGAAUCUUCGUCUAAAACCGAAUACCUUUCAUCUGUAAUCAACGAGCUCUCACUUGCUAACGAGGACUUAAAGACAGAGAAAAACAAGCUACAAGAAGCAGUGGCAGAUUUAAAUGACGAACUAGUAAGACUACGAAAGGGCAGCACGCCUGAUCCAUCAUCACCAUUUCGAACUCCAUACCAGACAAGUACACCAUAUAAGAGACCUUAUUCACUGAAACAAGAGUUACAAGAACAACUAACAUUUGAUACCAAAGGAUUACCAUCGCCUCUAAUCGGUACAAGCAUGCGUAGUGAAGACCUUAGUAUGUCACCUCAGCCUGCAGGAGCCGACCAUUCGUGGCUCUCCACGACAUCAAGUGAUGCAACCAAUACCUCGUUAGAAAAAUACAGCAUUAUUGCAUCUCAAGUGGCGAAUGAGUUCAAGGAGAAGAAGGAGAAAGCUUUGCGUCAGAUAGAAGAGUUGGCGAACUUGGAAAAAAGCCCAGAGAUGAAGGACAGGCAGAAGGUGUUAAAGCUUCAGUUGAAUCAGGAAGUGGAUCAGUUUGCUGAGAAGGUCAAUUUAUUGUGUCUGAAGAAGAAAAACGCAGAGAAAAGAUCAGCUAAACUACUAUUGGCUAUAAGAAAGCUAAAAGAGGAAAGCCAGCUACUACAGGAAGAGAGAGACAAAGCUUAUCAAAAGCUUGGUAACAUGUCGUUAAACACUGAUCACCUAGAUACAAGGGUAAACGAGCUGCAAAAAGAGCUUCAAAGUGAAAAGACUAAAUCCAAUGAAAUGGCUGGUAAAUUAAAAGGACUAGAAAAAGAGUUGACUGCUGCUAAUGCCCUCUUAACUACCCUAAGGGACGAAAAAGGUUCGCUGGAAAAAACUCUUUCUUAUAAGGUUGAAGAGAAACAGUCGCUUGAAGAGCGCCUGGAGGAAAUAACGAGGUCACAUAGUCUUCUAGAUGAGCAGCAGUGUCAUCAACUCGUAAGAAUAAAAGAGCUUGAGAAUGAGCUGGAUAGAGCAUCGUCGAACCUCGAUAUUGAGAAAGAUAGAGUGGCUGCAUUAGAGGAGUCACUACAACUGUCCGUUAAUAAGAACAGCAUUGAAAUGCAAGAACUUCUCGAUAUGAUACCCGUAUAUGAUAAUGAACUGAUAAACAGGACUAAGAUGUCUCCAAGAUCAUCGUCUCCUCGUGUUACUGGCCGCGCGGUUAUGUCAAGAUUACAACAGUUUUUAUACAAGAUGGAUUCCAUAAAAGCAACAAAGGAUGAAAAGCGAGACUCGCCUGAUGGCACAGCAGCUGCUGAUGAACUCACCAUCAGUUUCACAGAACCUUCUCGUCCUACGUCUCACUUACCGUCCCCUCCCUUGUCAUCAGUAUCGUCCCAGAGUCCUGAGCACUCGAUUCAAUCACCUGUUUCACCUGGUAUCGAAAGGAUUGAUGUGACGACAGAAAAUUUGUUAGAAUUGGUACCGGAACGAGACUUGAAGUCAACUGGUUCUCAGACAGACUUGACUCAAGAUUCUUUAGAGGCAAUGACAAGUGAAAAUAAGAGAGAUCAAAGUCCUUCAGAGGAACCCAAUUUGCUAAGUCUAUGGAGAAGAAAACUCUCACCCUCCUCAUAUACUCCAGACGACAAUAACUUUUACCUACAAGAUGAUGAUGUACCUCUCACAGAUGGCUCUCUUAAUAGCACUCACUUUGUAGAUGGAGUAGGAUUACAUGUUAGUCCACCACCCAGUGAAAAAGAAAUAGAGAAGCAGUUCAAGACUUUAGUCCUCGCGUUCCAAACAGACCAGUUAACAUUAAGGAAACGAAUGGAAGUACAGGCAAGAAGCCGAGAUAUCGCGGAAAAGAACAUGGAUAAAGAACUUCAAAACAUGGCAGAUCUGAUUAAGGAUUUAGAGGAAAAGUAUAUGAAAACAAGAGAACUGCAGCAUAUAGUGUCGUCAUUGAAAACACAAAUCGACCUCCUGCGUCAUUCAGCACAACGUUUGUGUCUAGUAGCACAACAACAUGGCAGUGUACAACAGGAAUCUCGCAUGUGGUCAGGAAUAGAAGUCAUGAUAUGCCACGCUGAGAAUAUCAACAGACGCCUUCAGAGGGUUAGGGAAGAUCUUGAUGAAUUUAGAAAAAAAGAACGGCUAAAUUCAGACGAUUCAGACGUAGGCGAGUCAAGUGCACCACAGCUUUGCAAUGGACCCACGAGAAUAGGUGGUCCAUAUGGAGAAGAGGACAAGCUUGAAGGAUCUGAACCGGAAACCAGUACCACCGAACACCGAAACAGCCUAGUGAAUUUUGUAAUGGCAAUUCACAACACAUCCCAACGUGCUAAACAAGUAUUAACAAACUUCAGACGUCGUACAAUUGACCUAUCAGCAUUAAGCACCACACGAGAAGAACCAAGCGAAACACCGCAGGAUUCUAGAACAUCAAGUAUCGACGAAGGCAAGGAGAGUUCUGAUGAGAGAGAAUCAGAAGAGACUGAGGGAGAGAUGCCUGAAGUGGUGUCAAGACCAAUCCCAGAGGAACCUAGGAUCCAGAAAAGGGGUAUCUGUCGUCGAAUGUGUGGUGCACUGUUCCGCUUUAUCUUUUUCGUUCUUCUUGUCAUCUUCCUUGCAAUUGCUUCAAUUAUCAUCCUGAAUGAAUACACCCCAUACAAGCUUCAACGAGAACAAAUACCGAUUAGUAUACUUAGGUUCCUGGAUCCAGUUGCUGUGUUAGUACAUCAACAUCGUCCGCCUGUCUAGCCAAUCAGUGAUAGUCAUACAAGCUUGAAAGAGAAUGCACAGCAACCGACUGGCAAUAUUUGGAUAACCACAACAUCAACGUACUUAAACCACCACAUCAUCAACAUACUUGGAUCUCACCACAAUGUCAAACUUUAAUCACUAUAUCUCAUAACUAUUAGUAUCCCUACGUCUUACUCACCUCACUCAUACAUUAAUUGUCAUACUAUGCAUAUCGUAUCAUUAAAACAGGCAAAGCCAUGCRCACAAUAACUUAAGACUAUAUAAGCUAUAAAAUACGAUAUUUUCAUAACAGUACCUUAUGAGGUAAGUCUUUAUGGUAAACUCAAAGUGUAACUUAUAUUUUUCCUGGUGAUGAAAUUGUACUUUAUCUACUUUACAAUUGUAAGAUUGUAUCUGUUGUGCAGAAAGCUUAGAAAGGUUAUUAAAAUAACCCUUCUCUCUUCAUAUUAAGAUAUGGUUGUGUUGAUCAUAACUAGUUGUACAAGGAGUGGAUACUGCAAUGGAUAAAUCCUUAUCCAGUGGAUAAGUUGAUGCCAUUAUCCAACAUAUGUAUCCAGUGGAUAAGUCGAUGCGGUUAUCCAAUAAAUUUAUCCACGGGAAAUAGUGAAAUAGUGCUUUCCRCCCUUUGUGCAACCAAGCCCUUUUGUACAUAAUAUUACAUUUAUGCAUUCAUUGCACAACAAUCACUAACAUACACCUUAGCAAAGUGAUAUUUAACAGCAACCAUUACACAAGGUCUCAUUCCUUCCUUGUUAUGGAGUCCCUUUAAAUGCAACCUACAUCUGGUUGUUUUUUCAUUGUUAUUUAUGCCUUCUGUCUUAUAAACCUACUGUAAUAGUUUAUCGUUAAAUGAAGAAUUAAUUUCACAUGUGUUUUUGAAAGUUAUCAAAUUGAUGUCAUUGCUUCUAGAUGGGUAAUUAAAGAAAAUUUGAAAAACUACACGUAGAUAAAGACACCCUUGAAUAGACCCCAUGCAGCACGUUGAAAUACAGUUCAAUUUGGAGGACAUAUAUAACAAUAGGUUUCCAAUAGCCAAUGAUGCAYGAGCACGAAUCUCUAGCACGAGCAUGAUGGUAAACUGAGUACCAUUUUUUCCUUCAACAUUUUCUAUGAAACUGUAAGUAUUUCAACAGGCGAAAAUAACAUUAAUUUUUGUCUGAUAAUUCUAUUGAUUUUCUUGUUCUGACUUGUGUACUACUGGUUUCCCAUUAUGCUUGGUGUUAAAAAUUCGUGCUUGUCCACAUUGGCCACUCUCAAAACAUUAAAAUUCUUUUGUUUUGUCCUCCAAAUUGAGCUGUUUUGACGUCACAUGCAAGGAGGCUAUACUUCCAUUAGGAUUUGAUUAAAUAUUGAUUACAUAGAGUAUAUAUAGAUAUAAUAGAGGCAGAAAAUAUCAUAUUUAUAAUAACAGAUACCAGAAAUCACUUUUGUGACUAAGAUAGACCUCUCAUGCGGCAGCCAUGUUGGCUCACAUUCAAGUCCGUUUAGCCUCACAUUCAAGCACUUUGGGAUGAGUUUGAAGGGUCAGAAACAAAGGAUUUAAUUCUGAUCGUCAGGGAAUAAGCAUGGUUGCUAAGUGACAAAGGUCUGACAGCAAAGGUAUUUAAUACUGGUAUUUACUAGAUACACUGAUCAAAUGUUAAAAACAGAUUAUAUAUUAAGACUAUUUAAGCCCAUAACUUUGCACCUUCAGUAAAUCUAAUAAAUACAAUCUCAGACCUUUUCAGGGCAAACAAUCAUGGUGCAUUAUGGUCUAGCUAGGGUACAAACCUAUUUUAUUCACUAUGCCUUUUUUGGUGUUGUUUGUACCCAGGCUAGGCCACAAUGCAUCCUGUUUUAAUAUCUGUCUACCCUUCCACCUGUAACCAGGUCAUUAGUUAUGGGCUUGGACAAGGCUUAAACUUAUUGUUUGAUUUCAUAGAGAUUAUUUAAUAAUUUAAAAAAUGAUGGUCUUGAUGACAUUUACAUCACUUCCGAUGAUCACAUGAUUAAUUCUAUUUAUAGCAUCAAUCACUAUUUAAAGAAAAUGAUUGUAUUUUAGAUUUAAUGUCCAACUUGUGAAGACUUGGAUAAACUGAAAUCCAUUCAUAUCAUGUCUUAGUGGAAUGCUACCAUUCAAAGAAUCAAUAUACAUAGAAAACUUUAUACGUAUAGAAUGAUUUUGCAUAAAAAUUUUCAAAGAAAAUUAUUAAGAAUUUCUAGUUGACAAUUGACAAUAAAAAUCCAUUACUUA